AUGGAGAGGAGCAAUGGGAGCUGUGGAGGAGACUUCAUUCUGCUCGGGUUCUCCGACCGGCCCAAGCUGGAGAUGGUCCUGUUUGUUGUCAACACAGUCUUUUACUUUCUGGCCAUCACAGGCAACUGGACCAUCAUCUUCCUCUCCCUGGUGGACCCUCUGCUGCACACGCCCAUGUACUUCUUCCUCAGCAACCUGGCCCUCCUUGACCUGUGCUACACAACCAGCAGCAUCCCCCAGAUGCUCGUUAACCUCUGGGGCCCAGGCAAAACCAUCAGCUACGUGGGCUGUGUCACCCAGCUCUUCGCCUUCCUGUCCGUGGGAGGUACCGAGUGCAUCCUCCUCUCGGUCAUGGCCUACGACCGCUUUGUGGCCGUCUGCAAGCCGCUCCGCUACACGGCCAUCGUGCACCCGCAGCUGUGCCUGCAGCUGGCGGCCUUCGCCUGGCUCAGCGGCGUUGCCAAUUCCGUCCUGAUGUCGCCACUGACCAUGUCGCUGGGGCGGUGUGGUCACUGCCGCAUCAACCACUUCGUGUGUGAGAUGCCGGCCAUCAUCCGCAUUUCCUGCGCCGACACCGGCCGCGUGGAAGGCCUGGCUUUCGUCCUGGCCAUCCCCAUCGUGCUCGUGCCCCUGGCCCUGAUCCUGGUCUCCUACGGCCUCGUGGCCGUGGCGGUGCUGCGCAGCCAGUCCGCGACUGGCAGGCGCAAGGCCUUCAACACCUGCUCCUCGCACGUGGCCGUGGUGUGGCUUUUCUACAGCACCAUCAUCCACAUGUACAUGCAGCCCGGGAGCGUGGCGAGCCAGGACCAGGGCAAGUUCCUUACUCUCUUCUACUGCCUGGUGACGCCCACUCUGAACCCCGUCAUCUACACGCUCAGGAACAAAGACGUGCACGGGGCCGUGCGCAAGGUUCUCGGGAAGGGCCGCGCCGUGUCAGGUGAGGCGGGACACUGA